GUCAAGGUUAUCCAGCCUCAGUCGGCGAAGGCAGUGCUUAUCGCGUUCCAAUGCCACGGUAUUGAAUUGACUUAGAGCCUGCCGGUUUACGACAUCCCAUGGUAUCUGACCUGAGUGGCUCUCCGACGGAGCUAGGCAGUGCGCACUACAGCGGGCUCAAUCUUUGCAGCACCCUCUGCCUCGAAUUCCACUGGAUUUGCACUGAUGGCUCGUAGAAUACUGAUCGGCUUCGGGGUUGACAUCGACGCCGUGGCUGGAUGGCUGGGAUCGUACGGCGGCGAGAAUUCCGUGACAGACAUCUCGCGGGGAUUGUAUGCCGGCGAAGUCGGUGUCCCGCGACUGCUGAAGCUGUUCAAGAAGUAUAACAUGAAGCAGACAUUCAAUAUACCAGGGCACAGUCUGGAAACCUUCCCAAAACAAGUAGCACAGAUUAGAGAGGCAGGACACGAGAUAGGGCUUCAUGGGUACUCGCAUGAGAAUCCUACUGCGCUCACUAUUGAGCAACAAAAGGACAUUCUCAACCACACAUAUGACCUGCUCACCAAAUUUAACAAUGGUGUCCCGCCGAAAGGCUACGUGGCGCCGUGGUGUGAAAUGACCGCGGAAGUCACCGAGUUGUUGCUCGAGAAAGGAGUCGAAUGGGAUCAUUCCCACAUGGCGCGCGACUCGCAGGCAUAUUAUCUUCGUGACGAGGAUACCUGGAAUAAAAUCAAUUACAGCGCGAAGGCGGAGACGUGGAUGAAGCCUUUAAAGCGGGGGAAGCCUACCGGAAUGGUGGAACUUCCAGCGAAUUGGUAUCUUGAUGAUAUGGAGCCAUUGAUGUUCGUGAAGUCGAUGCCUAAUAUGCAUGGGUGGGUGAACCCUCGGGAUGUCGAGAACAUAUGGAAAGACAUGUUUACUUACCUAUACCGGGAGGAAGAAGACUUCGUCUUCCCAAUCACGAUCCACCCAGAUGUCAGCGGCCAUCCACACAUCCUACUCAUGAUCGAGCGCUUCAUUGAGUGGGUGAAUACGCACGAGAACGUAUAUUGGGUACCGUGGCACGAGAUGGCGAAGGAGUUUCGUGUCAAAAAUCCACCUCCUGCAGGGGCUGUCAUGCCCCGUGGAAUGGAAGACACAGAGGUCAUAGCCAUACAUCGUGAUAUCACCUAUUCCUGA